AUGCAGCUUAAAGAUCCAUGCUCCAUGCCAGUCGGGAAUGCAAUCCCGGGCAAUGUGGCUUGUGGGACGGACAAGGGAAAUCAGUGUAUUCCCUUGCCUAUUGACGGUCGUUACGUGUGUCAGUGCUCGGCAGGUUAUCAGAAAAUCAAUCUGAUCAAAGAUUUGCCUCCCGGUCGUCUGUUGGACAAUUGUCUGCGUCAACGGGAUCCGUGUGCUGUGCACGCGUGUAUGCACGGUACUUGUGUUCUGUCUGAUCUUGGUAGUACCAUGGAAUAUAUGGGCAAACAAUCUCGGGAACCGUUUAUUUGGAUCGGACGCAAUCCGCAAAUUGUGGCUCGAUGCUUGUGUAAUGCAGGCUGGUCUGGGGAUAAGUGUAGCUAUCCGUUAAUGCUGAACGGUUGGUCCCCAUGGUCCCCGUGGACUUCGUGUGAGCCCAGUUGUCAGAACUCAAUUCGUCAACUACCUCCGAGUGCACAGCGUGAGAUGAUUGACAGUAGUCAGAGCACUCCCCGAUGGGGUGUACGACAGCGUACCCGCUAUCGGGAUUGUAUGGGUCAUGCAUCCGAUUGUCGACAGGAGAUACGUGAACGAUCAGCCAAUAUGGGUUUGAAAAUGGAGGAUGGACAAUCUUGGAGACAGUACGAGAGACGAGCAUGUCGUCCGAGACCGUGUGAUAGACUUUUAUAUUUGGCCAUGGGCAAACGCGCAGUGAAGAGGUCUAGAAUAAUGAAACAAGUGGUAAGAAUUAUACUCACCUAA